UCAGAGGGACAGUGGUGUUGAUGAAGAAAAAUGUUCUGGAUUUCAAUGCUUUGAGUGCAUCCUUUCUUGAUCGUCUUCAUGAGGUUGUGGGCAAACGGGUUUCUCUCCAGCUCAUAAGUGCUGUUCAACAAGAUCCUGGUCAACUUUCAUUGGAGUUUUCAUGCCACUUCAUGUUGUACGGACGAAAAAGUUUAUACAUUUAAAUAAAAAAUACAAGCAGACCCACCAUGGCUCAACUUCUUCACUAGUCAAGAUCCUGAUUGUAAAAAAAGGUGCCCACUAGGGUGCUCCUUUUUAAAACUGGUCCAUCGGUGCACCAAUGCUUAAAAACCGUUAGAUUCAAGAUUCUUAAAAUAUUCUACACAUGGAUGGUUAGGAUUAAAUUGAUGAAUAAAGGGUAUAAACGUAAAACCUUCCAACCCUAAAAUCAGCCAACUGCUCUCUCUCUUCCUCUUUCUCCCUCAGCCGCAUCCUAUCUAUCAGUUCCCCUCUCUCAGAUCAGUUCUCUCAUCCACGAUCAAAGCUUCAACACUUCUCAAACGCGAUCCUCUUCCCCUGCUUUACUCGAUCCACAUCUUUCUCUUCCUCACUCGAUCCCCUUCUUCUUCCGUUACGCUCUGAUCUCAUGUCGUCGGCCAUCUUUCUCGCUCCCUUUUCUUCUUCCUUCGGUUUUUCACUCACAAAACCUUCAGAUCAGAGCGAAUCGGUGUGUUUCGUGUUGCCAACCAUCAAAUCAGAGCGGAUCUGCCGCCGGAACAACCAGAUCGAAGAGGUGUUGCCGUCCGAACGGAACUGUAAGGCACAUGCAAGAAGCCUAACGGAUCGGAGGUACCACCACAUCUCUUGGAAUGGCAUGAAAGGAAAACUUGGGAAGCCUGCAUAUCUGGAAGACUGGAUUACCACAAUCACACCCUUGACAGCAGGCGAAUCAGCAUUCAAGGUUACAUUUGAUUGGGAAGAAGAUAUAGGCACACCAGGAGCAUUUUUGAUAAGAAAUAAUCACCACAGUGAGUUUUACCUAAGAAGCUUGACACUUGAAGAUGUUCCAGGCCAAGGUGUCAUUCACUUUAUUUGCAACUCUUGGGUAUACCCUGCACAUAAAUAUGAAAAGGAUCGCAUUUUCUUCAGUAACAAGUCAUACCUUCCAAGUGAAACACCAGUGCCCCUUCUUAAGUACAGAGAAGAAGAACUAGAGAGUUUAAGAGGAGAUGGAAGAGGGGAACUGCAAGAGUGGGAUAGAGUAUAUGAUUAUGCAUAUUACAAUGAUUUGGGGGAUCCAGAUAAGGGUCCACAAUAUGCUCGUCCAGUUCUAGGAGGGUCCACUGAGUAUCCCUACCCUCGGAGAGGUAGAACCGGUAGACCACCCGCAAAAUCAGAUGCUAAUAGUGAGAGCAGAUUGAACCCUGUCAUGACCUUAGACAUCUAUGUUCCAAGGGAUGAAAGAUUUGGUCACUUGAAAUUGGCAGACUUUCUUGCUAAUGGACUCAAAUCCAUAGUUCAAGUUCUCAAACCUGAGCUGGAGUCUCUAUUCAAUAGCACCCCUGAUGAGUUUGAUAGCUUUGAGGAUGUACUUAAACUCUAUGAAGGUGGGAUUAAGGUGCCUGAGGGUGUAAUUAAGGUAAUUAGGGAUAACAUCCCUGCAGAGCUGCUCAAAGAAAUUCUCCGAACCGAUGGUGAAAGGUUCCUCAAAUUUCCCGUGCCUCAAGUGAUUAAAGAGGAUAAGUCAGCAUGGAGAACUGAUGAAGAGUUUUCUAGAGAGAUGUUGGCUGGUGUAAAUCCUGUCAUAAUAAGCUGCCUCCAAGAAUUCCCACCAGCAAGUAAACUAGAUCCUGAAGUAUAUGGUGAUCAAGCCAGUAAGAUAAGGAAAGAACACAUCCAGGGCAACCUGAAAGGGCUCACAGUAGAUGAGGCAAUUAGAGAAAAGAAGUUGUUCAUAUUAGAUCACCAUGAUGCACUGAUGCCAUACUUGAGGAGGAUAAACUCCACUUCUACAAAGACUUAUGCCAGCAGAACAAUUCUCUUCUUGCAAAAUGAUGGGACUUUAAAGCCACUAGCCAUUGAAUUGAGCUUGCCACAUCCUGGAGAAGAUCAACAUGGGGCCAUUAGUAAAGUUUACCUACCUGCAGAAAAUGGUGUUGAAAGUUCCAUAUGGCAGUUGGCUAAAGCUUAUGUAGCAGUAAAUGACUCAGGCUAUCAUCAACUUAUCACCCACUGGUUGCAUACUCAUGCAGUGAUUGAGCCAUUUGUUAUUGCUGCAAGUAGACAGCUUAGUGUGCUUCACCCUGUUCAUAAACUAUUGCACCCUCACUUUCGUGACACCAUGAAUAUAAAUGCACUUGCCCGGCAAAUCCUCAUCAAUGCAGGUGGCUUUGUGGAGACAACAGUUUUUCCAUCAAAGUAUUCCAUGGAGAUGUCAUCUGUGCUUUAUAAGAAUUGGAUUUUCCCAGAGCAAGCACUGCCUGCAGAUCUUCUAAAGAGAGGAAUGGCUAUUGAGGAUCCAACAUCUAGGCAUGGCCUUCGCCUACUUAUCGAGGAUUACCCUUAUGCAGUUGAUGGGUUAGAGAUCUGGUUUGCUAUCAGGACAUGGGUUCAGGACUAUUGCUCCUUUUACUACAAAACAGAUGACACAGUGAAGGAAGAUGCUGAACUACAGUCUUGGUGGAAGGAACUAAGGGAAGAGGGUCACGGUGACAAAAAAGAUGAGCCAUGGUGGCCAAAGAUGCAAACUCGUGAAGAGUUGAUUGAAUCUUGCACUAUUAUUAUAUGGGUUGCUUCAGCUCUGCAUGCAGCCACCAACUUUGGACAAUACCCGUAUGCAGGUUACCUCCCAAACCGUCCAACUAUAAGCAGAAGAUUCAUGCCUGAGGAAGGAACUCCAGAACAUGAUGAACUUGUGGCAAAUCCUGAUAAGGCUUUUCUGAGAACAAUCACGGCACAGUUGCAGACUCUUAUUGGCAUCUCACUCAUUGAAAUACUGUCUAAGCAUUCUUCUGAUGAGGUGUACCUUGGACAGAGAGACACUCAUCACUGGACAUGUGAUGCAGAGCCAUUGGAAGCUUUUGACAAGUUUGGAAAGAAACUUGCAGAAAUUGAGGAAAGAAUCUUGACAAUGAACGAUGAUGUUGGACUCAAAAACAGAGUUGGACCUGUUAAGAUGCCGUAUACUUUGCUUUAUCCUACAAGUCAAGGUGGACUAACUGGCAGGGGAAUUCCUAAUAGUGUGGCAAUUUGAAAUGCCAAAAUUAUGUUACUAUAUGCCUAAGGGUACUUCAUCCAAACAAGACAUUAGUGCUCUCUUAAUAUCCUUAACACACUUAAUGGUGUGAUAAUGUACAUUGUAUGUUAUUUGCAUCUAUUCAUGAAUAAAUGUUGGAAAAUGAAAAAUAAAAA